ACAGACAGAAAGGGUGAUGGCAAACACAUCAGAAUCCAAAAAUACAACGGCACGAAAAGAACGAAGAAAAGCAUGGUGGAAGAAGAAGCAAGAAAAGGGAAGUUCAGAACCUUCAGGCGAAGGAGUCCGGCUUCGGGUGAGAAAACCUAAAGUGGAAAAUGACCAGCCACGUCAAGCAUCAGUUGUUGAAACACGAGAUGGAUUCAAGCUUAAACUCAAGUUAAAUAAUUCAUUGCCUGUGAAAGUGGGGAAAAAGACCGUUACAAAACAGAAGAAGAAACCUCUACAAUCUCAAGGAACUUCAACAGUGGCAAACUCAGAAGCUAUUUCCAGUCCUAAGAAGAAGAAUCGGAAGCCAAAAGUACCAACUCCUGCAGAAACACCUCCCAAACCUUCUCCAAAGACAUAUGUGUUGUUUGUGGGAAACCUACCUUUUGAUAUCACCAAGGAACAGCUACUAGAUCACUUCAGAAAAACUGGUGGAGCAAAAAGUGUCAGAAUUCCUAAGGAAAGAGGAACUGACAAAGGAAGAGGCUUUGCAUACAUUGAAUUCAGAGAUGGAAUCAGUUUUAGGGUGGGGUUACGCUUACACCAAACUACCCUGGCAGGUAGAAAGAUCAAUGUUGAAUUUACAUCUAUAGGAGGCAACAACAAAAACAGGCGAGAGAAGUUGAAUGCAAAAAACAAAGCCCUGGAAAAGUUGAAGGUGCCGAUUGGUGAUUCAAAGAGUUGAAUGCACGUGUUUACAAAUUUUUACGAUAAUAUGUCACAGUUUGAAUUUUUGGGUGAUUGAACAUGGAAACGACAAGUACAUCCUCCUUAAACUUGAUCAGUAAUGGUUUUUAAUCAACAUUGACAUAUCCGUUCUGUGAAUACAAAUGUAUGAAUUAAGAAUCUCCUGUCAUGUGUCGAUAAUAACUGUCUGAUAAAGAAAUAGGCCUGCAUUCAUUAACAUGUGAGUUGCAGCGGCUAUUAACUUACAUAAAAGACUUGGCUCUAAUUAUCAUAAUGGAAAGUAACCCUGAUUUGUGUUAAUUUUUAUGUUGGCAUCUCUAGUUUAAGUGUGUACGUGUAAAUUUGCCAGUUUUACGUUAAAAUAUUUAUUAUAUGAUGUAUUAUAUAAUUAAUAUACAAGAUGUGUUUAGUGCUUCAUGCCUCAACCUGAUCACUGAAAGGAAACAAAGCAGAAUAUUGACAUGACAGCUUUCCUCAGGUGUACAGGCAGUAUUUGAGCGUAAGGUAAGAGGUCAGAUGUGCUAAAUGCCAUGCAUUACUUGUACAUGUUGUCUCCUUCAGACCUGGAGAUCUGUCUGACUUACUAGAAAUCUGGGAGGUAAAAAAUGGUUCUUGACAUCUGAUUUGAUCAAUGUAUAUUUCACUUAAUCUGAAAAUCGACAUUGAAUUCUGAAUUUAGGCAAUGUUGUAGAAUUAUAAUUCCAAUCCAUUGUCUAAUACUACAGCACAUACCUAUUUCUCGGUGUACUUUUACAGUAGCUAGGUGCACUGGUAUUGUGUAUAUAUAUAUAUUUUUUCUCUUUGUGGACAGCACUUCAUUAAGCAGUGGUAGUAGCAAAUAUUUGGGUUACCCUAAUUCCUCAGCGUUUUUGCAUUUAAAAGAGCAACUUUCAAUUAUACACCUUUUUCACUUGAUUUUGACUACAUUUUUGGAUUGGCCAAUUUCAGGGCUUCACAAAAAGCAGAAUUUUAUCUGUCUACACAGACCAAUUCCCUCAGAAUAUACAACUUGCAAACAUGAAAAGGUUGAAGAAUUAUAGUACGUACCCCUAAACGUUUACCGUUAUAUAUAUGUAUAAUUUCCACAUUGACACAAUCUAUACAGUAGGAUUGACCAGUGGUCGCUGCAUAUGGCCUAGACCAUUUCCACCAAAUCAUAAUGUGCGGAUCAUAACCUCAUAUUAACAAACACGGCAUUAGUUUUUCAGUAAUAACAGAUUACUGUCUUCAAAAUGUGUUAAGCCCGAUUUCCUGAGCUAUUAAGCAUGUUAAUCCCUGUGAUGUUCACUCUAACAUUAUCUUCUGGACAUAAAGAUUACAUCAGAUCAUUUUAACAGUCAGAAUGAACUCUCAGUUGUACAUGUAUAGGACAUUCGAUGAAAUGGCAAUACAGGCUCCGUGACCUUGUUUCAAAGUUGUAAUUUUGGAAGCCUGUCUGAUGUGUUUUGUUUUUGUUUUAACAAGGAACAUUUCAUUGUUUAAUAUUGUGAGAUCAUCACAUUUAUAGGAAAUGCAGAAAGCAUGGAUGUCACUGAUCUGUUAGUGUUGAUAUACAAGACCCUAAGAGCAAGCCAACAUAUAAAUCAGCAAACUACAAUGAAGUACGGGUGCACUGUUUAUAAUGCAAGGAGUUUAAAAGUAAAUGUUUUAAAGCACAUGACAUUUAAUCAUUCACAAUCACUUAGACUGCUGUGUACAAACCAUGAAAAGGUUAAGCAUCUAUUCUAUAACAGUCACCUCAUUACGACUGCUUUGGUGGCCUAAUGGUUAGAGCGUCAGCCUUGAGGUCACAUUUGCAAAUCAACGUCCAAUGGUACACGUAAAAGGCCUGGCAAAAUACAUUGUGAAUUUUUCAAUUUCAUUUUUAGCCUGUCAACCAUUGCUCCGCCUAGUUUUGUUUGUAGGCCUGUAUGUUCACUUAGAGCUAGCUUCACUGUGUGGGCUCUUCUUUAAUCCCGAAUGAAAUAUGUCAAAACUGUCAGGCAUUCAUUCCAACUUGGUUGUCUUUGUGAGUCGAGAACCAGGAGGCAUAACUUUUGCUGCUUUACAAACUUUGACAUACGAGAAAUACACAAUCCCAGUCAACGGGAAACGCAAGGUUUACGCAGUUAUAUACAACCUGGGAAUACUUUAUACAAAUAUACCAUAUAAAGACCUGUUAUAUUAGUUCCAGAUACACCAAACUCAAAGUGUAGUUCGUCUAGAGGCUUGUCUAAAAGUCCUGCAAUACUGCUUUUAUGUCGAGAUGCACGUUCAGUGUAAAAUAGCAAUGUAUUUAACAGAGAAUUGUCUUUCCAUAUCUCUCUUUUUGCACGUUUUUACAGCUGAAAACCCCUGCACUUGGUCUACAUACAUACCUCUUGUGUUAGUCAGUAGAUACACAUAAUUAGUGAUUUAGUACAGGGUGCAUGAAAGCUUUAUGUUGGGUUCACGCAAUUAUUCCAUAGUGAAAAUUGAUUAAGUUACUUAUUUAAGUUGUGACAGAUAAACAGAGGCAUGUAAGUACCCAAAACUUAAUAUUGACAAAAAAAAAAAAGAGGUUGUCUGAAAAGCUAAACUUACUGUAUGUACGUGUACAAUUUGAACAAUGAUGUUUACUAGCUGUGUUAGUGAACAACUAUGGUAGGUUCUUU